AUGCCCCCCGUAAUUCGAUCUGCUCAAGAAGAAGCAGCGCUUUUACAUGACCUGUUCGCUGAAUUGGACGAAUCAGUUUGGAACGCCCCGCCGACUCCUGAUCCUUCACCUGCGAGGAACAGACCAAUAGGCCUUCAAGUAGCACAAGAGCCACGAACACCCUCGAAUAAAAACAAGCUCAAACUGGCCGCAAGGUCGCCGACAGCAUUCAAGCAUGUUGGCCCGUCUCCUUCUCGAGUUUUCUCUGCCAAUGAUGCGGAUAUAGAGGCAAUGUUAGAAGGGGUAGAGGACGACUGGGACUGGGACGUGAACGAGAUAUCGCCAAUGAAGAAGCCUAAAGUAGAGACAUUUCAACUGGCUGGAUCCAGACAUGUUCGCGAAACAUGCACCAGAUGCAGUGUUGAAUCUGUCUCUGAGUACGAGAUAAGUGGCCGUUAUUCGAAGGUAUUAGCGCAGAAUCUCAUUGUGGCCCUUGAGUCCGGGGAGCGUCGGUCCGUAAUUUUACAGGAUGACUGGGUAACAUCAGGAGUCCGUCCCAAGGACAUCAUCAAUGUUAUUGGCACAUUCACUCCACUUCUACAAUCUUCUUCUUCUAUCAUAUCUUCCAUCGUCAUCUCAUCCAAACACAAUCUUCUUAUCCUACAUCCUGAUCUUCUCCUUACUGCUACGGCUGUCUCUACAGCAGCACAAUGUCGCCGCCGCCCGCUCCUGACAAGCAUGGUUCGCUCGUCAAGCGAUGUAUCACCUGCCUUAGUCUGGGGACAUAUCCUCCACACAGUGGUACAAGCUUGCUUGUCCGCCCAUUGUUGGGAUGAUCGGUGGUUAGACGACAAGAUCGACGAAGUGGUUCGUGAAAACCUUGUGGACUUAGUUCGCAUCAAUGUUAACGUGGAAACUGCAAUCAACGAAGUGAAAGCCAGAGCUAAAGGUGUCCAAUCAUUUUUCAAUAGAUAUAUGUCCGAAACUCCCAAGGCUGAUGCCAUCUUGAACAACAAUCGCGCUGCUCGUAAUGAAGUGUCACUUUUAGCCAUUUCCGAGCUCCUUGACGUGGAGGAGGAUAUUUGGUCCCCUACCUAUGGACUCAAGGGUAAACUGGAUGCCACUGUGCAGACUACAAUCUCUCAGAAAACAGAUCCAGCAAGGUUGUCAUUCUCAAAAAUAACCCCUACCCAGGGCCCCAAGCCCCUCGAGAUCAAGACCGGACGUGCCACCUCAGGCAUGGAGCAUCGCGCUCAGACAAUGCUCUAUACCCUGUUGGCUCAGGAACGAUAUGGUAUCGAUGUCACCUCGGGCUUACUAUACUAUACACAGAGCGAUGAAAUCGUUCAAGUUCCCGCAAGUCGAAACGAGCUACGGGGUCUUAUCAUCGGCAGGAAUGAACUUGCGAUGUACAUGAUGCGUCGGCAGAAAAACUCUACAGAACCUUUUCUUCCUCCGACUAUCGAUGAUGAACGUACUUGUAAACGAUGUUUUUCACUGGAUCUAUGCAUGCUGUACCGGAAGGCAAGUGCUGUCGAGAAUGUCGAGGACCAAGUCUCUCCAAUCGCAGAUGCAUAUUCCUUGAGAACCUCUCAUCUAACACCUUCUCAGACCGCCUUCUUCAAAAAUUGGGAACAUCUUCUCUCCCUGGAAGAACAAGACGUGGGCCGGUUCCGUAAAGAACUUUGGACAAUGGGUGCCGCACAGCGUGAACAACAUGGACGGUGCUUUGGAUCCAUGAUUCUCGACUCUUCCUUUGUUCCUCCUCCUGUUAAACGACCCGGCGCACGGGAUAAAAUUCACACAUACACCUACAGGUUCAUUCGUGACCCAAAAAGUGUAUCUACCGGAUCAUUUCUGAACGGAUUUCUGGACGUCAACGACGCGGUCACUAUCUCAGUUGAACCGCACCUGCUCGCUCUUGCUCGUGGGUUCAUACUUGAGCUUACAUCGACGGAUGUUGUUGUUGGUGUGGAUCAUGAUCUAUCUCUGGAUAUUAUUAGCUCCCGGCUCGCUGUCUUUGAGUCCUCAAAAGUCUUUACCACGAAUCCAGUUAUCUUUCGAAUUGAUAAGGAUGAGAUGCUCGGAGGUAUGAGUCGUAUUCGGGAUAACCUUGCGCAACUUUUCUAUGCUGAUGGAGAUGCUCGAAAACUCAAACAAAUUGUUGACCUGGAAGAACCACGAUUCGACGACACAUCAUCUAUCAACAUUCCUCCUUCCGCAGCGCAUCAUUUGGCGCACUUGAACCCGAACCAAGGUCAAGCCGUCGAUAAAAUUCUUAGCGCCCAAGAUUAUGCCUUGGUGUUGGGCAUGCCUGGAACAGGCAAAACGACUGUCAUUGCAGCUAUGAUCCAAGCUCUCGUUGCUAUGAAUAAGACGGUCCUUUUAACAUCUUAUACUCAUUCCGCUGUUGAUACAAUCUUGGCGAAAUUGAAGGAUACAGACUUCACUAUUCUUCGGUUGGGAAACAUAGACAAGGUUCACCCUGACGUCCGCCAAUAUACCCUAAAUCACCGGAGACAUGCUACUACCGUCGAGCAACUGGAGUAUCAGCUCAUGUCCCCACCUGUCGUAGCAACAACCUGCCUGUCUAUUGAUGAAAAGGGUGGUCUCGAUGUUUCGCUCUUUCGCCAUUUAUCCAAUGCGCACCCUCAUGCCGUGGUGGAUCUUACGUACCAAUAUCGCAUGAACGCAGAUAUCAUGUUGCUCUCCAACAAACUUAUAUAUAGCGACCGUCUUCGCUGCGGCUCUGAAGUUGUGGCUCGUCGCUUCUUGGAUAUACCUGAUAAAUCAUUCCUCCGCUCUUUGCACGCAGGUCACUCGGCUUGCGAAAAUUCUGAAUGUUGGCUAAGUCAAAUUAUGGCAGAGAGGUGUAAAGCUGUUUUUAUCGACACGGACCUUGUCCCUGCCCAUGAUUCUAGAGUUGGGGACCUGGUCCAAAAUGAGACAGAGGCCAAACUAGUGUACCAGAUUGCGGAGACCAUGAUGAAGAGUGGUGUUCCACCUGCACAAAUAGGCAUUAUCUCUUUAUAUCGCCAACAGAUCAAGCUCUUAGGGCAGCAUUUCCGAGGUCGUCAGGGAUUGGAAUUUUUCACGGCCGACAAAAGUCAAGGAAGGGACAAGGAAUGCAUUAUCAUAUCUAUGGUACGAUCGAACGACACGAGCCAGGUCGGAGAGCUCAUGAAAGACUGGCGCCGUAUGAAUGUGUCUUUCACCCGUGCCCGAUCUAAGCUUAUUAUAAUGGGCUCUCGGAAAACCCUUCAAGGCGCACCAUUAUUGAAGGAGUUCUUUAAUCUCAUGGAAAAUCAAGACUGGAUUCUUCGUCUGCCAUCCGGUGCAAAUUUACUUCACGCAGAUGCGUUCGAUACUAAACAUAAUGGCCUCAAGCGCGGAACGACUGACGAGAAUACGGGUUUAUCAAAAGAGGGACAGUCUACGAAUAAGAAAUCCCGGAAGAUUGGUGGUGAGGAAGGUUUCCUUCGGGGGAGACCGAUAUUACAGGAUUUGUUGAACGAUGUCAGGUAA